AUGAAGCAUUGCUUGCGCGUGCGGGAGGCUGCCUUUGGGCCCGGGCAGGCCUUGCUUCCCCUAGUGCACGUGCUGGACCUGGAGCCGCGGGGCUACAUCAAGCCCCAUGUGGACAGCGUCAAGUUCUGCGGAGCCACCAUUGCUGGCCUGUCCCUGCUGUCCCCUAGUGUCAUGCGACUGGUGCACACCCAGGAGCCUGCAGAGUGGCUGGAACUCUUGCUGGAGCCAGGUUCCCUCUACAUCCUUAGGGGCUCGGCCCGCUAUGACUUCUCCCAUGAAAUCCUUCGAGAUGAAGACUCCUUUUUUGGGGAGCGCCGGAUUCCCCGAGGCCGACGCAUCUCUGUGAUCUGCCGCUCCCCCGCUGAGGAGGUGGGGUUAGGGGAGCCCGGACAGCCCCCUGCAGCCUGCUGA